AUUUGUUCAUUUUUCAGCGCCAUAUUUGAAGUCAACAAACACGCUGUGGAGAGAAGAGCUCCGAUGUCACCCUAAAAUGAUAAUUUCCAGGAGCUAUGAGAAUGACGCGGCGUUCAUCUAUUAUAAGUGAAAGCAACUCUGACGUAAACAGCAUCUCUACAAUAGAGAAUGUGAGUGUGAGAGAAGGAGAAACUGACUGCACUCUCGACUCGGAGCUGAGUGAUGACGGCACCCCUUCUGCACCAGCGACACAUGUCCUCAAAGGUGUCACUGCCUACGUAGAGGUGCGGACAUGCAAUGACAACCGGAGUCAUGCCAUCUCGUCUGCCCUGCGCCAACUGGGGGCAGUUGUGGCUGACAAGUUCACCGACGAUGUUACCCACGUUAUUUACAAAGAGGGCUUGAAGAGAACCAGGGACAAGGCCAUCAAGAAGAACAUCCACCUUGUGUCUGUGCUCUGGGUUGACAGUUGCAGGAAGAACAAUGACCAUGUGUCUGAGAAGUUGUUUCCUGCCCUCUUGCCGGAGAGCUCUUCCACCCCAAUCCUGUUUCCUCGACUCAAGAAAAUGAAGUCGAUGCAGCCGUCCGACUUCAACGAGGAUGUUGUCAGCAGCGCCGAGCGGUGUCAGAAGAGGAGGAAGAGAGUGGCAACCAUGCGGCGCUUCCAGAUCAUGGAGGAGACGCCGGAGUUCACGCCGCCGGCCAUACUCGUGCAGGAAACACAACCCCGAUCAGUGUCUCCGAGCUACCAGGCCAGCAACAGCCGGUGGACAACGCCCGUGUCCCUCACCAUCCCAGACACCCCGCCCAGCAUGAGGGAGAAACUCAGGCAGCUGAAACUGGCCAAACUAAACGGAACCACCUUCUCUCCCUUGGCUAGACCAACUGAUGACACCGAGCCCCUCAUCAGGAAACUGUUCACAGGAGAGUGUCAGCGGGAUGAAGAGGAAGAUCCCCUCCCUCCUGCACCAGCAUCCAAUAUUCCAGGGGAUGCUGGUCUCAACGGUCGGAGGAAGAAGAAAUUACUAACAGAACCAGUCAAACCAUCUUUUCUGAUGGAACCCACACACAGCUCCAGUGUAGUGAGACCGAGCCUAGUCUCCCCUGCGCUGAAUCCGGGGGUCCGAGAGCGAAAGACACAAUCGAUGGAAGAACCUGUGGGUAGGGAGGCAAACAAGGAACAAGGAUCAGGGCCUGUGAAGGGGGGCAGAGGGAGGACAAUGGAAGGGCCAGGGUCUGGCCCUGUAAAGGGGGGAAGAGGGAGGACAAAGGAAGAGCCAGGGUCGGGGCCUGUGAAGGGGGGAAGACGGAGGACAAUGGAAGGGCCAGGGUCUGGCCCUGUAAAGGGGGGAAGAAGGAGGACAAAGGAAGAGCCAGGAUCGGGGCCAUCACGCAGGGGACAGAAGCGGAAAGUGGACGAGCAUAGCGACACUACAGACACUGACAGACAGACGACAAAGAAGACGCGAUGUAAUGGGGAUGUGCACAAGGCGGAGACUGGGGUUCAGAGGCGGAGGUCUGUGAGGGGAUGUGUGUCUCGUACUGCUACAAGUGAUGUGUGUAACUCGGACACCACGAGAACUGAACACACCAUCUGUGAGUCGGACAAAUCAGGGGUGUUGGGAGCGUCUAUGUCAACCAUGUUUGAUAGCACAGCAGCCAUGAUGGGACUUGCUGCUCCUAGACCCAGCAUAGACGAGUUCUCUGUGGGUAAACCACGGUUUAGGAAGGGAAACUCAGUGCUCAACAGUAUUUGUGAAAGUGAUAACCACAGUAGGCAGAAACCAAAAUAUGACAGAAAACCAAGACGAGGUCGGUCCUCAUUGUGUCAGUCAUCCAGCGAGAAUGGGGACGAUGAAGCUACGGAGACGAGUAUAAACGAUACCUCUGGUGUAAGUGAUGGACCCUUGCCCACACAGAUAAAGCUCAGGAGGGCCAACUCGUUUGCUAAUGACACAUCUACCUGCCUGCCUGCGUCCUCCCUGACUGGUCGAAAUCGUCCUACCAUCGUCAUGACCAGUCUACACACACAUGAGCAGGAGACCAUCAUCUCGGUGAUCAAGAAUCUCGGAGGUUUCCUGAUGCAGGACGACGUCUGUGAGACGACCACCCAUGUCGUGUACGGGGAAGCCAGACGCACUCUCAACGUUCUGGCAGCCAUUGCUCGAGGCUGCUGGCUUCUCCACAAGGAGUGGGUGUUCAAGUCUGUGGAGGCGGGGCACUGGGUGGAUGAGGAACCGUAUGAAUGCUGCGCUAAGUUCCCCCGGGCCAAGGUGGCUAGACAGGAACGUCAGUCCCUGGGAGAUGAGUACAAACAGACCUUUUUCAGUAGCUGUGGACUGAUGUUUGUCAGCAGUAAAUGUUUGCCCCCAAGGGGCUCCCUGGUCAACCUCCUCACCCUGUGUGGGGGACAGGUGACGAGUUCCGUGUCUCGGUGCAGUGUGUACAUCGGCCCCGAGCCCUACCCCGGCAGGAAGAGCAUCAAGCCCCUCUGGAUACUGGAUUGUGUGAUGGAGCAGAGGUUGUUUCCAUAUGACAAAUACAUCCUGCACCCCACCAGUCAGCGAGAGAGCAGCCCGGAGUUCUAAACACAGCACAGCCACCUCCACUCAUGAAGCAAUCAACUACACUCCGGCACCCCACCAGUCAGCGAGAGAGCAGCCCGGAGUUCUAAACACAGCACAGCCACCUCCACUCAUGAAGCAAUCAACUACACUCCGGCACCCCACCAGUCAGCGAGAGGGCAGCCCGGAGUUCUAAACACAGCACAGCCACCUCCACUCAUGAAGCAAUCAACUACACUCCGGCACCCCACCAGCCAGCGAGAGAGCAGCCCGGAGUUCUAAACACAGCACAGCCACCUCCACUCAUGAAGCAAUCAACUACACUCCGGCACCCCACCAGUCAGCCAGAGAGCAGCCCGGAGUUCUAAACACAGCACACUCCGGCACCCCACCAGUCAGCCAGAGAGCAGCCCGGAGUUCUAAACACAGCACAGCCACCUCCACUCAUGAAGCAAUCAACUACUCUCCGGCACCCCACCAGUCAGCCAGAGAGCAGCCGGGAGUUCUAAACACAGCACAGCCACCUCCACUCAUGAAGCAAUCAACUACACUCCGGCACCCCACCAGUCAGCGAGAGAGCAGCCGGGAGUUCUAAACACAGCACAGCCACCUCCACUCAUGAAGCAAUCAACUACACUCCGGCACCCCACCAGUCAGCCAGAGAGCAGCCCGGAGUUCUAAACACAGCACAGCCACCUCCACUCAUGAAGCAAUCAACUACACUCCGGCACCCCACCAGCCAGCCAGAGAGCAGCCCGGAGUUCUAAACACAGCACACUCCGGCACCCCACCAGUCAGCCAGAGAGCAGCCCGGAGUUCUAAACACAGCACAGCCACCUCCACUCAUGAAGCAAUCAACUACACUCCGGCACCCCACCAGCCAGCCAGAGAGCAGCCCGGAGUUCUAAACACAGCACAGCCACCUCCACUCAUGAAGCAAUCAACUACACUCCGGCACCCCACCAGUCAGCCAGAGAGCAGCCCGGAGUUCUACACACAGCACAGCCACCUCCACUCAUGAAGCAAUCAACUACACUCCGGCACCCCACCAGUCAGCCAGAGAGCAGCCCGGAGUUCUAAACACAGCACAGCCACCUCCACUCAUGAAGCAAUCAACUACUCUCCGGCACCCCACCAGUCAGCCAGAGAGCAGCCCGGAGUUCUAAACACAGCACAGCCACCUCCACUCAUGAAGCAAUCAACUACUCUCCGGCACCCCACCAGUCAGCCAGAGAGCAGCCCGGAGUUCUAAACACAGCACAGCCACCUCCACUCAUGAAGCAAUCAACUACUCUCCGGCACCCCACCAGUCAGCCAGAGAGCAGCCCGGAGUUCUAAACACAGCACAGCCACCUCCACUCAUGAAGCAAUCCACUACACUCUGGCACC